CACAAUCCUCUCUCCUUCCUCUUCAUAUCCAUCCUUCCCGAUCUCCCCGGACCUCCCACUCCAUCCCACUCUCUGAAAAUCAAAUUCAGAAAGAGAGAGAGAGGGAGAGAGAAUGGCUCUGCCCGGCAGCCCUCUCUACGUCUCCAACCAGGUAAUCCAUGGCCGCUGGUUCAUGGUCUACGCCUCCCUCCUCAUCAUGUCAGCCGCCGGAGCAACCUACAUCUUCAGCAUCUACUCCCCCAUUCUGAAAUCCUCCCUCCACUACAACCAACACACCCUCAACACCAUCUCCUUCUUCAAAGACCUCGGAGGCAACGUCGGCAUCCUCUCCGGCCUCAUCAACGAAGUCUGCCCUCCCUUCGUCGUCCUCCUCAUCGGCGCCUCCAUGAACCUCUUCGGCUACCUCAUGAUCUACCUCUCCAUCAUCUCCCGCAUUCCCCGCCCCCCCGUCUGGCAGAUGUGUCUCUUCAUCUGCAUCGGCGCCAACUCCCAGACCUUCGCCAACACCGGCGCUCUCGUCACCUGCGUGAAAAACUUUCCCGAAAGCAGGGGAAUCGUUCUCGGUUUGCUCAAAUGCUUCGUCGGACUCAGCGGCGCCAUUUUCACGCAGCUUUAUCCCGCUUUCUAUGGGGACGACGCGAAGUCGCUGGUGCUAUUCAUCGCCUGGCUUCCGGCCGCCAUUUCAGUGUUCUUUGUUUACACGAUUCGGAUCAUGAAGCCGGUGCGCAGCUCCGAAUCAAAAACCAGACCUUUUUACCAGUUUCUGUAUCUCACGAUUGCGCUUGGCGGGUACCUUCUUGUAAUCAUUGUAGUUGACAAGAUCACAAAUUUCCAGCGCGCGGAGCAGAUUGCUAACGGCGCUGUCGUCAUCUUCCUUCUCUUUCUCCCCAUCGUCGUCGUCAUCAACGAAGAACUCAAUAUUCUGAAGGAGCAGAGCAGAGCUCAGCUGGAGCAGGGCGAAACUAAACCGCCGCCACCACUUCCACCGCCGUCCCCGGUGAUCCCCAUUAAAAACGAUGAAACCUCCGUUGAGAUAGAGAAAAAGGAGCCAAAGUCGACGCCUUUCGCCCGCAUAGCCGAUGUAUUCCGACCGCCGGAGAGAGGGGAAGACUACACCAUCCUCCAAGCCUUAUUCAGCAUCGACAUGAUCGUCCUCUUCUUUUCAACAAUCUGCGGCGUCGGAGGAACCUUAACAGCCAUCGACAACAUGGGGCAGAUUGGGGAGUCAUUAGGCUACCCUUCAAAAAGCAUAAACACUUUUGUCUCACUCAUCAGCAUCUGGAACGCCAUGGGAAGACUCGCCGCCGGAUUCCUGUCUGAAAUCCUGCUAGAAAAGUACAAUUUCUCACGCCCUCUCAUGCUUACUCUGGUGCUUCUCCUAGCCUGCGCAGGGCACCUUCUGAUAGCAUUUGGGGUAUCCAACACGCUCUACAUAGCCUCCGUCAUCAUCGGAUUCUGCUUCGGCGCGCAGUGGCCAUUGCUGUUUGCGAUCAUCUCUGAAGUUUUUGGGCUGAAGUAUUACUCGACUCUGUACAAUUUGGGGGGGAUAGCGAGCCCGAUUGGGUCUUUUGUUCUGAAUGUGAUGGUGACAGGGCGGUUGUACGACAAGGAGGCGGAGAGGCAGAGCAGGGCAGCGGGGGGAGAUGGAAAGGAGUUAACUUGCAUGGGGGUGAAGUGUUUUCAGUUAUCUUUUCUGAUCAUUACGGGGGCGACGGUGGUGGGGAGUUUGAUUUCGCUGGUUUUGGUGGUGAGGACGAAGAAGUUUUAUAAAGGAGAUAUAUAUGUUAGGUUCAGGGAGAGCGCGGCGCCGCCGAUGGGUAACGGAGAGGAGAAGGUGGGUGGUGGUGGAGGAGGGAUUAAUGGCGUUCAAAAGGUGGGGUCUUUUGGGAGGAUGGAAGAUGGGGGAGAGAGAGAUGGGAUAUCGGAGGUGAGGAGCUAGGGGUGGGCAUUAUGAGUGAUAGUCAAUAUGAAUGAAUUUGUUGAUAUUGUGAUGAUAUUUGUUAGUAUUGUUAUAAUAUUAUCGACUUGUAUAUGCGAAUAUCAUAUGUAAUAUUCGCUUCCUCAUGUGCACACAAAAGAAGAGAUUCGAGCUUUUUUUAC